GCGGAUCCGGCUGGCCCUGCCGGCGGGCGGGCGGCGGGUCGCACCCCGCCCCGGCGCUGCGCUGAGGCGCGCCGGCCGGGCCGCCGCACGGACGCCAUGGGUCUCUUGGAGCGGCUGAGAAAGGAGUGGUUCAUCGCGGGGAUAGCGUUGGUCAUCGCGGCCGCCAGGCUGGAGCCCGCCGUCGGCGUGAAAGGCGGACCCUUGAAACCCGAAAUUACCGUUACUUACAUUGCUGUUUCAGCUAUAUUCUUUAACAGCGGACUCUCAUUAAAAACAGAGGAGCUGACAAGUGCUUUGAUGCACGUGAAACUCCACCUUUUUGUCCAGAUUUUUACACUUGUGUUCUUCCCAACAGCAAUAUGGCUCUUUCUUCAGCUAUUAUCAAUCACACCUAUAAAUGAAUGGCUUUUAAAAGGGUUGCAGACAGUAGGCUGUAUGCCACCUCCUGUGUCAUCCGCAGUCAUUUUAACCAAAGCUGUCGGUGGAAAUGAGGCAGCUGCUAUAUUUAAUUCUGCUUUCGGAAGCUUUUUGGGCAUUGUUAUAACUCCACUUCUGCUUCUGCUUUUUCUUGGAUCAUCCUCGUCUGUGCCUUUUACGUCUAUAUUCUCGCAGCUGUUUAUGACUGUUGUAGUCCCCCUUAUUAUUGGACAGAUUGUCCGAAGAUACAUCAAGGACUGGCUUGAAAGGAAGAAGCCUCCAUUUGGCACUAUCAGCAGCUGCGUGCUCCUGAUGAUCAUCUACACUACGUUCUGUGAUACUUUUGCCAAUCCAAAUAUUGACCUUGAUAAGUUCAGCUUGAUUGUAAUAGUGUUUAUAAUAUUUUCUGUGCAGAUGAGCUUCAUGUUUUUGACUUUCCUCUUCUCUACAAGGGAUGACUCUGGUUUCACCCCAGCAGACACAGUGGCUAUCGUUUUCUGUUCCACACACAAAUCUCUCACCCUGGGAAUUCCAAUGCUGAAGAUAGUAUUUGCAGGUUAUGAGCACUUAUCCUUAAUUUCUGUCCCCUUACUCAUCUAUCAUCCUGCUCAGAUUCUUCUUGGCAGUCUUUUGGUACCAACAAUAAAAUCUUGGAUGGUUUCUAGGCAAAAGGCACUGAAGUUAACCAGGCAACCCAAAGUACCCGUGAAAGUAUAAUGAUGGAGAUGGAGACGGCCGGUGUCACAGUGAAUGUAUAUAUGUACCAUACUGUACACACAGAUGAUUGAGACAACUGGGUAUUUGUGAAUGUUGCAACAGUGCAUAUUUUAUUUUUAUAUAUACAUAUAUAUAUAAAAAAAAAAAAGAUACCCUUUAAGUGCCUUACAAUGCAUUUUUGGCAAAAGCAUUGAUUCCAGAAGCCCCUUUGUUGGCUACUGCAAAAGGUUUGUACAGUAUUUUGAAGUCCUUUAGUUUUUAUUUUUCUAAUAGAAUGAAAUGAAGAGGUCAUGAAUAACAGCUGUGUUUUUUCCAUUGCCCCUGCUUUGAAGCCAGGGUGCACCAGCUGUAAGUAGCCAAAAUGACCGGUAGCCUAUCCCACUGCUGGCUUAGCCUGGAGAAGAGCUUUCUGAAGGGUUUUUUCAAGGCUGACUUGAAUUUCUGUGUGAUUCUGUUACACUCUCUAGUCAUAUGACUGUGACAUGCCUUUUUCUUCUGAGUUUGUGUAUACUCAGCAUGGGGCCAUCCAUUGGAUAGAAGCUGAGAAGCAUGAAUUAUUUGCAUUUGUUGACACAGUUGUCUAGACAUUCCUUCAAAGUUAAUGGUUUCUCAAGAAAAUUCUUUCAAUUCCAUUGUAUGAUAUUGUGCCAUUGUAUAUCUUAAAUGCCUCAUAAGCUUCUUCAAAGAACUGAUCUGGUGCUUGGGUUAUGAGUGAAGUAUUUGUGCUUGCAGCUAGAUUUUUUUUCUAUAAUUUAGCCCUAAAGAACGCAGAUUUUUCUUUUUCUAUUUUUUUUUUCCUUCCCUUGGUGCAAUGCACGGGGAUCUGCAGUGACAGAAUUUAGGAUGCUAAUAUUGAAGCAGAGUCUCUAUUGUAGUAAGCUGAGCUUUGUUUUCUUCUUUGCUGCAUAGGUAAUGAACAAUAGCUUGUGAGGACAAGAGUUGACAAUUACUUUUUUUUUUUCUAAUCAGAAGAAUCCUUACUGUAACAGGAACAGGAUCGUAGCUAAUUUGACAAUCCAUCACAAGUUUUUUCAGAAUAAAAUGUUACUUUAUUAAAAAAGCUGCUUAAAACGCAUACUAAAUAUCACUUCUAAGAGGAAAAUUGAAGAGAAAGGAACGUGGGCAUGUAUUUUAAGCACCUGGCCAGCUCUGCAUCUUGUCUGGGAGAUUAAGAUUUCAGAAGACUGUCUACACUGGGCUCUGAGGGGUACCCAUCUGCAAAAACUGUGCUGGCAAUUGUACAUUACAACAUUAAAAGGAAGGGAAGAAAUAGGUCAAACGGAGAUCGAUGUGAGUGCAGAAGCGUCACGUGUGUCAGGGUUAACAUCGCAGUUAAUGGUGCAGCUGAGCAGAUCUUGAGCAGAUGUAGCUCUGAUAAGGCUGUAGACAUUUGCACAAGCGAAAGGUCUUUUUUUAUUAGGAUAGGUACGUUAAAUACGUACCUUUUUUCCUUAGUGGAAAAAGAAGUGGUUGAUCUAUCUACUGUUUUAUCCAGCCUGUCACUGCUGUGAACAGCAGGAAAGCAAUCGGACACCCGUCCUGGGUGCUUUUCCUGACGGUCAGUUAGUGCAAGACUGUUCUGUUACCGUUUCUCUGAGAAACUGUUAGGAGCCGGCAGCGUCACCUUCAUUCAAAGUUGUUGUCAGCAAUAAAGAAACCACAUAACGAAGGUAUGUGAUGUGGUCACAAGCUGAUUUCUUUUCAUUCCUUGGACAGGAGUCAAACUCUGCCCUCUGUCCGCUCCCAGCAUCCUCCAGGGCUGUGCUCUCUUCUCCGUAGCCAGAGAUACAAAGGCCAGCGAGCUCACAGCUGUGAUCAUUGAAUCUCUUGAUGCCAUAGUCUGAUCCACCAACAGGCCAACCUGGGUGCUUAACUGGAGAGAGUAACAUGCGUGUUCUUGGGCCAUUUCUUUAACACGCUAAUCAGAAAUGGGCUCCUUGAGCACUAAAAUUCCCUUUGUCUGUGCUUGCAGCAGAGUCCAGACUCAGGAUGGCUUCUUUUUAUUCUAUUUCUAUCAACCCAAACUUCCAGAAUAUGUAAGGAAUUAAGCGUCAGUGUCUCCUUCUGUUAGUUUUGAAUGGCAAAACAACAUUUCCAACAAGUGAUAGUCUUGUUGUUAUUGUUGUAAUCUGAAGGAAGGGUUCAAGCAUACGAUGAGCACGGUUGUGUUGAUGCUAUGUAGAACACUGCAGCUACCCUUACUGAGCUACCUCUGUACUGAGUCUCCUAUCUUCAGUACAACCGACGACUUGCUUGGAUUCCACUGAGAACAUCCUUUUUUUCCUGUCACUGUUGAUUGCUUGGGGCAGCAUAAUAUUGUGUAUCAGCAUUGGAGAUGUUCAUCUAAAGGGAACACAAAGCAAAACUGCAGUGCGCUUUUUAAAACCAUACUUCAUGAAACUUAAUUGUGCAUAUCUAUCCUGUUUGGUUUAAAGUCUGUUGUUUGUUUUAUGGCUUUUUGUUGUGCUUAAUGCCCUUAAUAAACAGGAUGGUUCUGAAUUUCAUUUGGCUAACAGGAAAACAAGAUGACUCAUCCUUUGGAUCAACUUUUUACCCAUUACCUACUUCUUGUUCUUUUGCAAGUUUUUAAAAUUUUUUGCUUGUCCUUUUUUUAAAAAACAAUCUGAGCUGUUUAAAAAUAUCUAAUGAACUAAAUUUGGAGAAAUAAGGAAUACUGCAAAUUAUAAUCAAAUGGAAGUUAAUUCAUUCAAUACAACAAUGCUUCAGUAGAGGUUUAAAGUAGUUUUUUUUAGCCUUAGAUUUAACUGAGAGUUGGUGAUUAAUGUUGUCAGGCAGAACUGAUGGCAAGUGAGAACUCUGUAUAUAAAACAUUAGGAUUUUCUUAAUCGUAGAUGUUUCUUAGCUUCCACAUAUCUAUAAUCCCAUUUAAUUAUAUCAGAGGGAAAAAAACCCACCAAGACAAUAAAGCGAUACUUGAGAGCUCACAGGGAGUCUUUGUAAGUUGUGUUGAGUCUCUCAAAAAUGGCAUUUCCCCUUUUUUCCAGUACUUGAGAAGCUUAUGAUGGUGCCAGUAAGGUCCAAGAAAAUAAUUUUUUAUGUAUUUAAAAAUGUGGAUCUUUAUUUUGUGGUUGCAUUUUUUUCUCGUGUAACUUCUAGCUAGUGUGAAUGGGUUGUGCAACACAAGGACCGCAGUCUCAGCAGGAGCUGGGCAGUUGUGUUUGUUCACAGACCAAAGAGGAGUAAUCUGCUAAUUUGGUUUUACUGUAGUCCUCUCAAUUACUCUGGCAGUCAGAGAGAGAGCAGCUUUUAGUUCUGUGUACGGUUUUCUGUGAAAAUACCUUGCCAGCAGGAGGUCAGAAGUUAAGAUGAAAUACUGUCUGUCUGCAAGCACAUUUAUCUAUGUGUGUGUACGUAUGUGCGUAAGAUAUGAGCAGUUACACGUGUAGAAAUGCUAGGAAGGACCAAGCCUCUCGUAUACGUUUUUUGCAGGUCUUUAUAUGGAGAAAGAGCUACUUUUUUAUGUUAUUCUGACAUUAAAAAUGAAAUUACAGUCACUGAA